GCGCGGAGCUCGGAGAGGUACUUGGGUUCCUGCGGGUUGUCCCUCGCUGAGAGUGGAGGCUGGCCGCGAUGCCCUUGCACAAGUUCCCUGUCUUUCUAUGGAAGCGGUUACAGAUGAGGGAGGGCAUCUACUCCCGCCUGCCCCAGCACUACCUUCGCUCACUGGAGGAGACGCGGACGCCCACUCCCGUGCACUACAGGCCACACGGGGCCAAGUUCAAGAUUAACCCCAAAAAUGGGCAGCGGGAGCGCGUGGAGGACGUGCCCAUUCCCAUUCACUACCCGCGCGAGUCCCAGCAGGGGCUCUGGGGCGGCGAGGGCUUUAUCCUGGGCCACAGAUAUGUCAACAACGACAAGCUCUCGAAGAGGGUAAAGAAGGUGUGGAAGCCACAGCUGUUUCAGCGCGAGCUCUAUAGUGAGAUCCUGGACAAGAAGUUCCCUGUGACUGUGACUAUGCGCACCCUGGACCUCAUCGAUGAGGCCUAUGGGUUUGACUUCUAUAUCCUGAAGACCCCGAAGGAGGACCUGUGCUCCAAGUUUGGGAUGGACCUGAAGCGAGGGAUGCUGUUGCGGCUUGCCCGACGGGACCCCCAGCUGCACCCAGACGACCCUGAGAGGAGGGCAGCCAUCUAUGACAAGUACAAGGAGUUUGUCAUCCCAGAGGAGGAGGCCGAGUGGGUCGGCCUGACACUGGAUGAAGCUGUGGAGAAGCAGAGGCUUCUAGAGGAGAAGGAUCCCGUCCCUCUGUUCAAGGUCUACGUGGAAGAGCUAAUUGAGCGGCUUCAGCAACAGGCACUGUCUGAGCCGGCGGUGAUGCAGAAGAGAGCCAGCGGGAAGUGACCACAUAGUGACUGACCCACGCUUGAUAGCCAGGCUCAGUGUCCCUUGUCACCUGGCCAGCCCACUCCUCCACCUUUUGGCACCAUAGACAUGGUCUGGGGCGGUGGAAGAGCCACUUGUGGGCAGUGGCUGAACCGUUCUUGUGUGUGCUGGCUGUGAAGCUUCUGGGUGGGGUGGACUGUGUGGAGGCCCUAAUGGGCCUCUGGUCUCAGGAUCCCUAGCGGCCUGGAGCCUUCUCGCUGCUUCUGAGGUCUCUUCCGCCUGUAGCGGAGGCCCGGUUGAGGAAGGUUCACCACAUUUCGGCGUCAGCACGAGUAAAGUCUUGAGCUGGGCCAUGUGUGUGCUGCUUUGCUUAGAGGAUUGGAGCUCUCCUGCAUAUUCCUUGACCCCAUUACCCCCCUGCCCAGAGACCCUGGACAUGGCUGAGAGGGGCAGUGGCCCCCAGCUGUGGGACUAAGAUUUGUUUUGGUGUUUUUCUUCCUCUGGGAGAGAAUCCU